AAGUGUGCCGGGUCAAAGCAUAUGUGCUUCUCGUGCAAUUUGACGUUAUGGAGCUCACUUUGAGCUAUCAUGGAGUUUUAUUGAUUAUCAUAGCUUGGAGGGUAGUGUGUUCCCUAUAAGCAGUGGACCAUUAACUCUAUAUCCAGUAGCAAUUUGGAUUACAGUCAUUAAUUCAGUCCCUGCACACGCUGAAAGGUUUGUGAGGUAAAAAGGUAACACUAAAAAUAGAUUGAUGUUUCCUCCAAGAUGCACCACAGGAAAUCUCAUGAACACUUGCUUUUUAUAUGGAUGUUCAAAUAAAAACAAACACAUUUUAGUCUGAGUUUGAUUGGCAAAGAAGUUUGGCAGUCUAACGUUGCUUUAAAUUGAUGAUCGGAGUUUGCACCAAUGAAAUUAUCUUCACAUUAGUGGGAUUAACAUGCCAUCUGAGGAAUAAUUGCACCCAGCUAAAAGACUGCCCCGUAAAAAGGUUUAUAAGAUUUGAUUGACUGGAGUUAGUCACACAUAUUAGAACCCCAAUUACAUUUGGCAGAUAGUCUCAAUGGCAACAGUUGUAAUUAGCUGUCUAAUUAUGGCACUGAUUGUAUUUAACGUAUGAAUCAUGCGCUCCUCAGCGCAGAGAUCUGCUGCAUUCUGACUGCUGCACAAAUGUGGCAAACUGUGUCGUUAUUGAUUCUUAAAAGCAAAAAACCCCUACAGACUUUUAAACAAACCAAAAAAAAAAACAUUAAGCUGAGUCCUUGGCUGGCCUGGUGCCACUGAUCAAUGCCAUGUAACAUCUGAAAAGGGAGAAAUUCAAAAUCAAAGCUGUCGCUAUAGCAACGCCCCUGCCACGUUCCACCAAUCAAUGGAGUCCGUGGGGUUGUGAGAUGCGCCAGGGAAAGGCCAGCGUCCUACAUAAAGAGUCCAGGACAGGGAAGCGUGCAGCACACAGGGCAGCACACCUUUCUGCAGCCAGAGAAGUGUGAAAGAGGCCAGAGGACAAAAGGAAAAAAGGAAGCGGCGAUUAACCCAGGAGAUAUGGUACACUCAUGUGGACAGCAGAUUCCUGCCUGGGUCUAUGUGGGCAGCCUACUCUUCUGCAUCUCCUUCAACUCUUUCACAGUCAGAGGAGCACCUGUGAAGCAGGAGGUUCUCGACAAUGGAGCCACGGUGCUGAAUCACUCCAUGAGCCUUGUGCAUCGGAUGGAGACGCUGCUGGCCAUGGGGAACGGCAGUGAUGUCACUCUGCGGGUGCAAACCGUCGACACAGACGAGGUGAAGGUGAUCCAAGCCCACAGUUUGGUCUUGACGCUGCAGAGUGAUGUGUUUGAGGAGCUGCUGGUCAACCGCAACAACAGCGCUGUGGUUUUGAUGGAGACGGCCAACUGCGCAGCUGUUUUUGACAAGUUUAUCAGGUAUCUGUACUGUGGAGACAUUUCCAUACGGCUAGAUCAAGCUAUAUACCUACACAAGCUGGCCAGCAAGUAUCACGUGUGGGGCUUGCAGCAAGGUCUGACCCAGUAUAUGACUCAACAUCUUUCCAGUGAUUCGCCAACAGGCCAUGUGGUUAGCUGGUAUAACUAUGCACUGCAAAUUGGGGACACGACGCUGCGGGACAGCUGCCUCCUGUACUUGUCCUGGAACCUGUCUUCUGUGCUGCAGAGCAAAGAAUGGGGCUCCAUUAGUGAAGACCUGCUCCUGUCUUUGCUCCAACGGUCCGACCUUAUUCUGCAGAGUGAGCUGGAGCUCUUUGAGGCUGUGGAGGCCUGGGUCAGUCUGAACCAACCUGUCACCGCAACGGUGGAAACGGCCCUAAGAGCUGUUCGUUAUGGCAUGAUCCCUCCUCACCAUCUCUUUCGCCUCCAGAAGCAGUCCCUCCUUCUGAUCAAGUAUUACGAGUCCAUCCGUGAUCUCCUAUAUCUAGCCUUCCAGUUUCACUCAGCUUCGCCAAUUCAACUAGCAAAGUACUUCGAUGUCAACUGCAGUAUUUUCACCCCCCGCAACUACCUGUCAUCCUCCUGGGGUUCUCCUUGGGUCAUCAACAGCCCGACUCGAGAUGAUCGCAGCUUCAGCUUCCAGACACAGCUCGGGCCAAGUGGUCACGAUUCCAGUAAGAGGGUGACAUGGAAUGCUCUUUUCUCUCCUCGGUGGCUCCCACUCAGCGCCAGAUCAUCAUAUACCGAACUUGGUGCCAUGCAGCCAACCCGCACAGAGGCAGGCCAUCCUCGCAUCAUUGUAACUCCGGCCACCUCUAGCCCGGACUUUGCUGGCGUCAGCUUUCAGAAAACAGUCAUUGUUAUGGCAAAGCAGCAAGGAAAAGUGGUGGUCCGCCACGUCUACAACUUCCACCAAAGUACCGAAGAGGCUGGGGAUUUUUUGGUGGAUGCAGAUCUGCAGCGCCGUUCAUCAGACUACCUAAUUGACAGUUCUCUUUAUCUGCAUAUUGUGAUCAAACCUCUCUACCACACACUGCUUGUUGCUAGGAAGUAAAACCACAAAUUCAAAGGAAUCUCACCAUCCCUCUACCACCCACACAAUCACAUGCACAUGUUCCAAAGUACACUCAUAUCACAGCAGAUGUGUGUCCUUCAUAUCUGUGAUAUUGAAAUAAUUUUGUGCAUUUAUUGUCUUCCAGAAAUUCAGAUUGGGCAGGUUUACGGAAAAAAACAAGUAUUUUAAAAUAUUCUACCCACUUUCAUUAUAAUGUAUCUUUUGGUUCAUCAUUUUAAAUGAGAAAAAAAAUCAAUGUACUGUAUUUCUUUAUGUAUUUUAUAAUGUGAUUGCCUAUUUUCCUUAAAUGUAUUAAGCGAUGUUCUUUGUUGACCCAGUUAUACUUGAUUCUAUAGAGUUUUUUUUUUGUUAGAUAAACUACAAUUCCUGUUACUACUAUAGAUUUUUAGCUAUACCACGUGUGUGCUCUGAUGGAAUACAGUUUGAAACUCAUAACUAAAAGUGGAAAAGUGAACCCCAUUAUCAGUUUAUUUAUAUGUUUACUGUUUUUUCAGACUAUAAAAACACACUACAAUAAUCAUAAGUUCUUUUUUAUUAUUAUUUUUUGCCGUUAUUUCCUUUACACUCCUUGUUUUCCCCCAAAAAAAUCAUUUAUUUAUUUUCCUGCAUACUCUGUAUUGUACCUUGCUAGAAUUCUACGACCUCUAAAAAUCUAUGUUAUAGUAACAAAUUUAAAAAUAUUGAAUAAAGGAAAAAAUAAAGGGCAAGA